AUGCACUGGGAUCAUGCCACAUUCGCGCAAGAGCUGCAUUCCUCCAAAGUCAGCAAAGACUAUAAGAGAGUGAAGGCACUCCUGUCGACCGUGGCUGAAGACAACUAUUGGCGGCGGGAGCAUUUUGGUCGAAUACCCCGGACGAUUCCUGCGAGCUACCAUGAAGCUGGCGAAAAGUUCAGGCCGAGAUCGGUGCCGCUUCCUGUGAUCUCAUUUUCCAGGAUGGACACCGCAGAUGCACUUCUAGCGCUGGGAAGGCAACGUGGUCGGAAGGUUUGUGCACUAAACUUCGCAAACGGCAAGGACGCAGGUGGAGGCUACAAGAAUGGGGCCUCCGCACAGGAAGAGGAUCUUUGCAGGCGAAUACCGCUGCUGUACUCUUCCCUGCUCGGUGCGAAGAAAGAGGGGCUCUACCCCUUCGGUCCUCCGACAUGCCCGUCUACGGGCCAGCCAGAGAAGUUUCGAGACGUGCUCUACACAACGAACCUCGUUGUCGGCAGAGCAAGUCAGGAGGAAGGGUAUCGGAUCUUGCACCGGGAUGAGCAAGCCACUGUGUCGCUGGUUGCUGCGGCAGCUCCCAACCUCAAAUUCGGCAGUGAUGUCAACGACGCACAACUGAUCUAUCAGACGAUGGUGAAUAUCUUCAGAGCACCUCAAGUGUGGGAGCCAGGCAUCAACACACUGAUUCUGGGCGCGUGGGGCUGUGGAGCCUUUGGUGGAGACCCCUCCAGGAUCGCUGACCUCUUUUUGCAAGCGCUGCUAAAAGAUGGCUGUGGACAGGGCUACGAGGAGGUGCACUUCGCCAUUCCGCAGUUCACUCCCGAAGAUCCAAAUUACGCAGCUGGGUUCACCUCGCAGGAAAAUGGUAUCCACAGUGUCCACAACGAGCCGAAACGAGUGGCAUCUCGCCACUCUUUCUUGUCUACGACGUGUCCCGAUGAGGAGUCUUUGGCCGCUGGAAUAAGCUUUCCGCCAAACCGCUUGCUCCAUGACCAACACGUUCUUCACAUGGACCAGCUACUCGAGGACCCCCAGAGGUUCUGCAUCAAUGACUCAGCUACUCUUCAGCUAGCUUCAAUGAUAAAUCGGGGUAACUGCUCGAAGCUGGUCUUGCUUCUGCCGGUGGCUAGAACAUGGAAACGGGUGUUGUUGUUUUUGCUAGCGGUGCUUUUGUGCUGUUCGGCUCGGGAGCUGAAGCCCCGGCCAACUCGCAACUGA